GUAAGGGGGAUGUGUUUGUGUGCGUACCGAAGUUGCGGUGUGUAACGCUCGUAAAUGUCCGUGUUGUGUUAUUAUCGACGUGUUAAAUACUGAGCCAGCUAAUCGAGUUUAUGCAAUAGUCUGAUAGUCAGAGCGAGCUAACAAUCCAAAGUUCAGUAUGAACCAGUAACCGAGUAGGUAAGAUAUGCGAUUCUGUAGACCAAAGAGGUUAUCUUGCUAAAGUCGUUACCAGGCUGUGCACCCAGCCGCGGACGGUAGCGAGCGAGUGAUGGUGUCGCGACAGCAGAGCAGGGUUCUGCGCUACGUGCGGCAGGGGCGCGUGCAGAAGCUCGGGGCCUAUCUGCGCAAGCACAGGCGUCUGCAGCUCAACUUCUCGCAGGGCAGGAGGCACAGGAGCCUUCUGCACGUAGCGUGCAGUCAGGGCGACGCCGCCGUGCUCAGAGUGCUACUGGAGCACGGGGCAGACCCGCUCCGCCCGGACCGCCGCGGGGACACCGCGCUGCACCUCGCCGCGAGGAGGCUGCGCAAGCACGGAACACGAGAUUACAAUGACGUUCUGCUUCCUCUGCGCGAGUACUGGCCAGACGCGCUCGAGACGCCGAACCACGCCGGAGUCACCCCUCGCGCGCUGCUGCAGGGAAUAAGGCUCGUGCAGGGGGCGACUCCCAGUGAAGGCUCUCCCCAGCGAGCAGAUCCUGAGCACGAAUGGAGGGAGAAACUGCGUGCUGAGUGCCAGGAUGAGUUUUCCGAGAUGUUUGGACAGUAUGAUGAUGAUUUUCUUCGGGAUGAUGAUGAGGAAGAAGACUUUGGAAACUGGGCGGAGCGGAUCAGGCGGGAGUAUGUGGCGAAGCAGCAGGCCAGAGCACAGAGGGGCGGAGCUUAUUCACGCCCCAGGAAAGCAAAACAUGAACGAGCCGAGGAGGAGGAGAAAGAAGCGCGGCGCCGCAGGGAGUUCCACGCCAGGCAGGAGAAGGAGCACCGGGAAUACCUGGAGCGUGCAGCCCGCAAACACAGCGAGACGCAACAGGGCCGGAAGACACGAUACGAAGAGCGCUGUGCCGCAACCUUCCACAGCUCUGCCUCCUCCUCGGGGGCGGACCCCACCUGCAUGCUGGGAUACGAUGACAUCCCCUGGCCGGCCCCACGCGGCUCUCUGGACGAGAUGCUGGCGGUGAUGUUGCAUGGCGCAGACCGAUCCGACGUUCCCGCCUUCCGGAAGCUUCUCAGAAGGCAGCAGGCUCUCUGGCACCCGGAUAAGUUUUCCCAGCGGUGUGGCAGACGGCUGCUUGAGAGAGACCGGCAGACGAUCCUGGAUACGGUCACGGCCCUGUCUCAGGAGCUCAACAGACUGGCACAGAGCCUCCGCUGACUGCAGUGCUGUCUGCCUGUUGUGCUCAUUGGCCAGUGAAGAACUAACAGAAUGAACUGCUACACAGUAAUCUAGAAAUAAAGUGUUUGUGUUCUCCACCUCAUACAUAAAAGCAUUUUAUUUUGCUGCA